UGGCGGAGUCACCGGAAGAUCCCUUCCGGCAGAUCUGCCUGGAAACGCUCACCGAGAUUCGUGAGUUGCCCGUAAAUGAUCGUCAGCCAAUCGUUCACGAGAGCUCUUUAGUGGUCAAGGACAUCGAUUUGAUGGCGAAGACGGUUGGAAUCAGGACGCUCCUACAUGUACUGUCAGAAGGUAUCACCGAUGCGUAUGGAAGGGGGCCGGAAUGCGCUGAGCGGAUGAAAGCUUGUACACGGAUCAUCGUCUCGAUGUUACGGACGUGGAGCGUAUAUCGGAAACUCAACCAAUCUGCGGACAUCGCAAAGCCACCGGAACAUCCUCAGAAGCAUCCUGCUCUAACAGGCAUGCUGGAAGAGAGCCCCGUCGGAUCUAACUUGUCUCGAAAGGCUACUCUGCUGAUGGGGGAAUUGCUACAAAUGGCCAACAGAGUGUUGCCUCUGACCAUCGCGGCUAGCAUUCAGGCUCUACCACGUGUGUUUACCUUGGCUUCCGACUACUCUGUCGGGGAGCAUCGGAUCGUUGGGACGUCAGCGGUAUCGUCGAUUGAUAGUUUCAAUCGGCAUCGGGCGAGCCUGCAGCCCAUUACAGCUAACGCGAAGGGAGACUCACGUCCACGAUCAAAUUCGAUCGAAGACGCCGUCCGUCGCGGUCAGAGACAGAUGGAACAGGCUAAGAUCAAGAUGGCUAUUCAGAUGGAGGACAAGGCUUUCCAGGCUCUUCUCUUGGAAACGCAG